AUGUCCGACGCCCGCCGCCCCGCCGCCGCCCCCAUCCCCGACCUUGACAAAUCCUCCCGCUCCGACCUCCUCCGCGCCCUCGAGUCCUCCCUCGGCUCCGCCUUCUCCUCCUCCCCCCCUCUCCCCCCUCCCUCCCCCCUCAUCAUCGUCAUCUCCGGCCCCAGCGGCGUCGGAAAGGACGCCGUCAUCAAGAAGCUCCGUGACGUCAACCCCAACCUCCAUUUCGUCGUCACCGCCACUAGCCGCCCCAGCCGCCCCGGUGAGGUCCACGGCAAGGACUACUACUUCGUCAGCAAGGAGGAGUUUCUCAACAUGGUCAACAAAGACGAGCUUCUCGAGUACGCAUUGGUCUACGGCGACUAUAAGGGGAUUCCGAAGCAGCAGAUUAGGGAUUACAUGGGGAAAGGGCACGACAUUGUGCUGAGAGUCGACAUUCAGGGGGCUCAGACAUUGAGGAGGAUACUUGGGGAUUCGGCUGUGUUUAUAUUCCUCGUGGCCGAGAGCGAGGCGAAACUGGUGGAGAGGCUGGUGGAUAGGAAGACCGAGACCAAGGAGAGCUUGCUUGUGAGGAUUGCGACGGCCAGGGAGGAGGUCAAGCAUGUGAAGAGCUUUGAUUAUGUGGUGGUGAAUGCCGAGGGGAUGUUGGACGGUGCGGUGCAGCUGGUGGAGUCGAUUAUUCGUGCCGAGAAGGCCAGGGUUCAGCAGAGGAGGAGUGUGAUUUAGUUUGCGGAGUUGGCAAGAGGUGGAGAUUGUAAUCCAGCUGCAUUUGUAACUUGUUGCGUGUAUGAAGUGUGUUGGGGCAAGCAACACACCGGCGGUGAUUGAAGCAUGAUCAACAGCUGCCUGCUUCAAAGUUUUGUCUGCAAGUUCUGCACUCAAGAUAUAAAGUAUUCUUUGGUCCAUCUAGGUCUGUUCAAAAUUUUUGUAUUCUAUGAGCUUUUGAAUGAAGAUAAAUUUGUUUAC